AUGCCGCAGUCCCAAUUUGUACCUGCCCGAAACUCACGGCACCGUGUUGCAGUCAUAGCCCUAUUCCGCGCUCUCAUACGUGAGGGUCGCGGCAUAACACUACCCCAAGAUGUGUGCAGAAAAGGCAAGAGCCCCGUCUCCGAGCUCAUCAAGAGGGGCUUCAAGCGCAACAAGUCGGAGGUGAGCCCGCGGCUGGUCUUUGCUGCGUUGUCGGCGGGGUACAAGUUCCUCACCUUCUUCAAAAAUGCCCAAACCCAGGGCUCGAAUGAGCAUGACGAGAUUAUAACCUACCUCCGCGAGAAGAACGAAAUGAUUGCACGGGCCGAAGCGAACCGGCGACCCCAAUGGAAACCACGCGAGCUCAAACCCGACCAUAAACCCCUUCUCAAAAAGAUCUCGAAGCCCAACGAGCCGCCGGUGUACGUUUCGCCCAUAUUCCCGCGGCCAAGAGACAGUUUCGAGGGUCGCAGAAAGAUCCCGCACAUUGUCGCCUCGGCUUCGGGACACAUUUUCCUCCGGCACAAAGGCCCACAGCCGUACGCUGUUAGCAAUCUUCUUCGCAGGAAGCAGGCGCGGAAGGUGCGAUUUACGGCGCAUCUUCUCGACAUCGAGAACGAGAAUUGGGAAUUUGCGACCGAAGAGGACAAUUGGGAAAAGCUUGUGAAUCAAGCGUUGGGGAAGAAGCCUAGCAGGAAGCCACGGAUGGACCCAUGGGCUGCGAGCUAUGCCGAAAGUGUAAACGAGUCGUAUCGGAACUUGGUUAUCAGUAUGAACAGAUUCCGAGAGGAUGAGGUAGCGAAGGGAAGAGCGCUGAUCGAGGCUGUGAAGGGGGAGGAGAAGCUACUAGAGCAAGAAGUGCUGGAAGCGAAGCAGUACGGCGUAAGGAUUGUACCCACCGACUCGGAGAAGAUUCAGCCGUAUAUUGCAUAUCGGAAGGUCAGAAAGACGAGGAGGCAUGUCGGCUUUAGGAGACGCAAAGUAAAGCGGUGGCAGUCAAGAUUUAUCGGGUUGGAGCCUACUCCUAUCCGGGUGUGA